AUGGGAAAUUAUAAAUCUAGACCAACGCAAACUUGUACUGAUGAGUGGAAGAAAAAAAUUAGUGAAGCAUAUGCUGUAAUCAUUGAAAGAUUAGAAGAUGACCUGUUAAUCAAAGAAAAGGAGCUUACAGAGCUGAGGCAUGUUUUCAGCUCUGAUGAAGCUUUCAGCAAAGUGAAUUUAAAUUACCGCACAGAAAAUGGGCUAUCUCUUUUACAUCUGAGUUGUAUUUGCAAUGGACAUAAAACACAUAUUCGGACCCUUAUGCUAAAAGGUCUGCGCUCUAGGCUGACAAGAAAUGGAUUUACAGCUCUGCAUUUAGCAGCUACAAGUAAGGACAAUGCAGAACUUCUAACGGCCUUACUGCACAGUGGAGCUGAUGUUCAACAAGUUGGCUAUGGAGCACUUACCGCUCUUCAUAUUGCUACAAUAGCUGGUCAUCAUGAGGCUGUUGAUAUACUUCUGCAACAUGGUGCUUAUGUUAAUGUUCAAGAUGCAGUCUUUUUUACCCCUUUACACAUUGCAGCAUAUUAUGGUCAUGAACAGGUAACUCGACUCUUAUUGAAAUGUGGUGCUGAUUUGAAUGUGAGUGGAGAAGUUGGAGAUAGACCUCUUCACUUAGCUUCUGCCAAAGGAUUUCUCAAUGUUGCAAAGCUUUUGAGAGAAGGAACCAAAGCAGAUGUCAAUGCUCAAGACAAUGAAGACCAUGUUCCUCUCCACUUCUGCUCUCGAUUUGGACAUCAGGAUAUUGUCAAGUUCUUGCUCCAAAGUAAUUUUGAAGUCCAAUCCCAUGUGGUUAACAUUUAUGGGGAUACACCACUACACUUGGCUUGCUACAAUGGAAAAUUUGAAGUUGUAAAGGAGUUAAUCCAACUUUCAGGAACAGAAAGUCUCACUAAGGAAAAUAUAUUUAGUGAAACUGCCUUUCAUAGUGCAUGUACCUAUGGCAAGAACAUAGAAAUGGUGAAGUUUCUUCUUGAUCAGAAUGUAAUGAGUCUGAAUCACCAGGGUAGAGAUGGACAUACAGGGUUACAUUCUGCCUGCUAUCAUGGCCAUAUCCGCCUCGUCCAAUUUUUGCUGGACAAUGGAGCUGAUAUGAAUCUAGUAGCCUCUGACGCCAGCAGAUCCAGCGGUGAAAAAGAUGAACAAACCUGUUUGAUGUGGGCCUAUGAAAAAGGACACGAUGCUAUUGUCACCCUUUUGAAACAUUACAAAAGACCCCAGGAUGAAUCCCCUUGUAAUGAAUACUCUCUACCUGGAGGAGAUGGAUCAUAUGUGUCAGUUCCUUCUCCUCUAGGGAAGAUUAAAAGUAUGACUAAAGAAAAGGCAGAUGUUCUCCUACUUCGUGCUGGUUUGCCAUCCCACUUUCACCUCCAGCUCUCAGACCUAGAGUUCCAUGAAAUUAUUGGCUCAGGAUCAUUUGGAAAGGUGUACAAAGGAAGGUGCAGAAAUAAAAUAGUUGCAAUCAAACGUUACCGAGCCAAUACAUAUUGCUCUAAAUCAGAUGUCGAUAUGUUUUGCCGUGAAGUUUCCAUUCUGUGCCGACUCAAUCAUCCUUGUGUUAUCCAAUUUGUUGGUGCUUGUUUGGACGAUCCAAGUCAGUUUGCCAUAGUCACUCAAUAUAUAUCUGGAGGAUCUCUCUUUUCACUGUUGCAUGAGCAAAAAAGAAACCUCGACUUGCAGUCCAAAUUAAUCAUUGCAGUGGAUGUUGCUAAAGGUAUGGAGUAUCUUCACAAUCUUACCCAGCCAAUUAUACAUCGUGACUUAAACAGUCACAAUAUUCUCUUGUAUGAAGAUGGCCAUGCUGUUGUUGCUGAUUUUGGAGAAUCAAGAUUGCAGUCUCUGGAUGAGGACAAUAUGACAAAGCAACCUGGGAAUCUGCGCUGGAUGGCCCCUGAAGUAUUCACACAGUGUACACGGUACACCAUAAAAGCUGAUGUUUUCAGCUAUGCCUUGUGUCUCUGGGAACUGUUAACAGGAGAAAUCCCAUUUGCUCACCUGAAGCCAGCCGCUGCAGCAGCUGAUAUGGCCUAUCAUCAUAUCAGACCUCCAAUCGGCUAUUCAAUCCCCAAGCCUAUCUCCUCUUUGUUAAUGAGGGGCUGGAAUGCAUGUCCUGAGGGAAGACCUGAGUUUUCUGAAGUAGUGUCCAAAUUAGAAGAAUGUCUGUGCAACAUAGAGCUGAUGUCACCAGCCUCCAGCAACAGCAGUGGUUCCUUGUCACCAUCCUCCUCGUCAGACUGCCUACUCACCCGGGGAUGCCCUGGACGCAGCCAUGUUGCUGCUUUGCGUAGCCGUUUUGAAUUGGAAUACGCCCUGAAUUCAAGAGCUCAUGGGACGUGGUCCCAAAGCACUGGUCAGCAGUCUUCUCAAGGCCUUUCUUUGGAAGAGAUGAGAAGAAAUUUUCAAUGCUCACCUAUUGACCAAAAUGGUUAUGUGUCGGAUCCCAUGAGUACACUGCGAUUUCCUUCCUGCAGCAACAGUGGCAGCUUUGAAGACAGUGGCUGA